AUGACUUUGGUCUUCGAAGCUCGACGGCUGCCUUUUGGCAGCAUCUCUGAAGUGUAUGCGGCCUCCAUUCAGCCCAUCGUAGCUCUUCACGCGCUGGACAAGCUACCCCUGUGGGAUCGCUGCAUGCUCGUCGCAGUGCUGCCCGUCGUGCAGCAGCGCCACUCCGCCAGCGCCGCAGCAGCACCGCCAUCGACGGUGGUGCGACCAUCACUCACGAGGAAUGAUAGCGAUAACGCAGAUGCCGCCGCCGCUUCCUUGUCGUCUGCCACGGUACGAGCAGCGAAUCAUGAGGAGCGGGUCAAUGCAUCACCAGAGCUGGCGGGAGCGCCGUCCCUCGAGGAUGUCGCGCUGGCAUUGACCAUUGUGCGCGCCCUGGAUGAGCUGGAGGUGGUGUACGACUCCAGUAUCAGUACACGCGCGGAGCUGGAACAGCAGCAGCAGCAGCAGCCGUCUUUGCCCGCAGCGUCCCUUGCGGAGGCGCCGCGCCGCGCCUUCAAACAGCCGAAGAAGACGUCGGAGGAGCUUCUAAUGGAGCAGCUCCUACAGGAACGGUUUACUGACACGGCCCCGUAUCUCCUAGAGAGCAGCGACGAGGGUGGCGAGAACAGCGCAGACGCGGCGGUCGACGUCGCCAUGUGCUUCACGGUCAAGGGAGAGAGCCUGGGCAUCGGGUCUGCGACGAUAUUUGGCGGCCACGGAUAUCACCCCUGA